CAGAGGGGUUCUGUUGCAUUUAAAUCAAGACCUCUUUUGGGUUGCUGCUCACUCUGUGCUGCUGGCAAAACAACGACAAGACAUUUUGAGUGUACCAUACAGCAAUGCUGCAUUCAACCACUCCAGUGAUCCAUGCAGUGCAAAAAAAGGAAAAGCUCAACACAAAAUUCUUCCUGACUUGCCCUCCUUUGGUCGCCUCCCUCCUCUUCCUCUCUCCUGCACAUUUUGUUGGGUUUGUUAUCCCAGCCGAGAGCAUUGAUGGGACCAUGGCAUUGUUGCUGGAAAUUACACAGAGCAGGUUGGUGUGCCAUGGAGACAACAACCAGAGUUAUGUGUGUGGAUCAGACCACUGCUGUGGAGAGUCUCAGUGCUGCAGCUACUACUAUGAGCUGUGGUGGUUCUGGUUGGUGUGGACUCUCAUCAUCAUAUUAAUGUGCUGCUGUGUGUCUCAGCACCGGCGGUACAAGCAGAGCUUCCAGCAGCAGAGGAGACAGAAUGAGAUCAACCUCAUUGUAUACAGAGAGGCCCACAACAACACACAGCAUCUCCCCUUCUAUCUCAGAUUCCUGCCUGACUACAUGCUACCAACCUAUGAGGAGGUAGUUGACAGCACUGCCACUCCUCCCCCUCCCUACAGUCCCCCUCCAGUUAGCCUCUCUGUCCACCCAGCACCCUGACUGCCCUCAUCCUUCCCCCAGACCACCACCACACCCCCAGACACAACCCCCACUGCGGCCCCCCGUGUCGACACAGGGGGAGCAUGGCAAAGAUUUCCCUGACAACAAUAACUCGACGUUGGGCAGGUACCUGCGCUUUACAGGCGACUCGGCAAUCGAGGUGUGUGAUAACCAGGAACUCUGGGAGGGAGGAGGAAGAGGCAUGCUGGGAAGGGAGAAGGAAGAGAACAUCUGAUAGAUGCAGACCCCAGAUUCAGAUCCACACAGACACCAAUAUACACACAGACAUAGAGACUCAGAGUUGAUGAGGUGUGUGUGUGCCUGUGAAUGUGUCCCUCCUUAGAAGAAAGUAGCACAAUGCUUGCAUCACAAUGUGCAUUCCUCUGUAAUGCAGCCGUGUCAUAUGUAGCCCUAUCUUAAGGUGGUGAUGCACUGACCCUAAAAGCCUGGAGUCUCACAGCCGAGCCAUACAAAGGCCAGUAGAUUACAGAGUUCUGCACAGUUCAAAUGGCUUUGCUGGAGGUACAAAUUGGUUUCAUAGAACCGCUUUCAACACUGCAGACUUCCUCAUUGGUUUUGGGUCGAAUUCAGGCAUAACAGCGGCCUCUUGUGUUUCAUAUAUAUAUG